AUGGGAAAGGCUGCUAAAGCCAAGGAGAAGGUGAAGAAUGAAAAGAAGGUGGCGAAGCUGCCAAAAGCAGCGAAGCAACCGACCGCAAGCCAGGACAUAGAUGAGGCCGAGAAAGCGAGACUCGCCGACGAAGCGAUUGCAGCCAUACAGCAGGGUGUGCGUAUAGCCGGAAGCCAAAAAGCUGGCGCACCGUUUGUGCCUGAGAACUGGUCGGACAAAUACAAGCCUGCGCUGGGCUCGUACAAGCAGUUUUUAAAAGAUCAUCCGGACAAGUUUGUGUUGAUUGCUGACAAGGAUGGCAGCUUCGUGAUCAGGCUUCCAGAUCAGGUUGAUCCCCCAAGCAUCCCAGACAAGAAGGUGUGGGAAAAGCAUCUGGUGAAAGCGUGGAUGGCAUACUGCAAGGUUGUCCCCAGACCUCAGCGCGACUUCAAAGGGGGAUUCCUGGCCAUGUUGCCAAAACACGCUCUGCGCCUGCGUGGUGCGAAGCAGCCUUCGUCGCCAAAGAGCGCGCCUUCGCAGUCACCACGACUCUCCCCAAAGCCAUCACCAAAGCUAUCUCCGAAGCUGUCGCCAAAAUUUUCGCCGAGCCUGCCGCCCAAGUCAGCUUCAAAACUUGGAGUAAAAGGUAAGCGAAAAGCUGGCUCCAAAGAUGCAGAAGUUGGGAAGAAAGCCAAGGCCAAAUGUCACACAUCCAUCUUCCACGGCAUGCAAGAUGCGUUUGAAUGGAUUGGCUACGGCUCGCGUGGUGCCGGAAGCACAAUCCCUCCAGACACUGCCAUCACCUUCGAACUAGAAUUGCUGGAGGUAAGCCCUCCCGCAGAAGGAUUGGCAUGGUUGUGGGAGCAAGCUUCUUCCAAUCCAAUGCCGAUCGCAUUGGUUUGCCUCUUCGGCUUCCAGCUUCUGCAGGGCUACUUUCAGAAGGGUGGCCCUUCUGACCUCAAGGAACUUUCCCUUUCUGAUGCCUCUUCGGAGGAGAACCCGAAGGUGUUUCUCAGCGUUCAGAUCGGCGAAAACGAGCCAGCCCGGGUGGAAAUGGAGCUUUUUGCUAAGAGCUACCCAAAGACUGCAGAGAACUUUCGGGCUCUAUGCACCGGCGAGAAGGGCAAGGGCAAGUCUGGCAAGGCUCUGACAUUCAAAGGCAGCUUCUUUCACAGGAUUAUCCCAGGCUUCAUGUGCCAAGGAGGUGACUUCACCAAUGGGAAUGGCACCGGCGGCGAGUCAAUCUACGGCGAGAAGUUUGAGGACGAGUGGACAAAUGGCUACGUCACGCACAGCAAGGCUGGGCUGCUUUCCAUGGCGAAUGCAGGGAAGGACACCAACGGCUCCCAAUUCUUUAUCACCCUUGCAGCAUGCACUCACCUGGAUGGCAAGCACGUGAUCUUUGGCCAAGUAGUCGAAGGUAUGGUCUUGUCCUCAUCACAAAAUUGUGCUUUUGGUCGCUGA